GAGAGCUUGGUGAAUAAAUAGUAAGAUAACACUGUUUCUCCACAUUCACCUUUCAUUAUCAAGACAAUAUGGGUAAUUCUAUGCCUGCAGGCCGUGACAUUAGAAUUGUGAUGUUUGGAAAAACUGGAGCAGGUAAAAGUGCUACUGGAAACACCAUUCUGGGGGAAAAAAAGUUUACAUCGAUGGAAGUCGCUAAAUCGGUGACUGAGAGUUGUGUUAAAGAAAGAGUUCAUGCUAAUAGAUGGAUAUAUGUGGUGGACACACCAGGACUGUUAGACACAGGGAAGACUCCAGUGUAUAUCGAAGGAGAGAUAGUGAGGUGUCUUCAAGAGUCAGCCCCUGGUCCUCAUGUCUUCUUGCUGGUGGUGGAGGCAACGACAUGGAGAAAGGAGGAUCAGAAUACCGUGGACGAUCUGGAGAGGCUCUUUGGACCAGAGGUCUUCAAGUUCAUGAUUGUGCUCUUUACUCACAGUGAUAAACUUGUGGGUCAAACAAUAAACAACUUCAUAUCUGAAGGCCAUGAGGGUGUUCGCGCAAUUAUAGAACGCUGUUCUGGCAGAUUCCAUGUUUUCGACAAUACAAGUGGAAGUAGAGGUCAAGUUGUUGAGCUGGUCAAAAAGAUUGAUGAAAUGGUGGCAGUAGCUGGAAGAGGGUACUUCACACGGUAGCUACAGGAGGGUCCCCCCAAAAAAGGAAAAUAAAAUAAGUUUGAAGACAUCCUCCAGGAAUUGGAUUCACAAAAGACAAACAUUAUAGGCUGACAGACUGAUUGAGCUCCUAGGUUGCAGUAACGCACAAAUUAAGUUAGGAAUAAAAAUAUAGAAUUUGAGCAUAAUAUCACUCUAAAAUAUCACAAUAUUUUAAUGAUAUUAUUGUUAAUAUUGUAAUAUUUAGAAAUGAAUGAACAUGCUAUAUAUAAUGUGAGCAAAACAUUGAUUUGUAAAUUCAGAAAGAAAAACAAAGUUUGCUAAUCACAACUAUGGUUUGUCAAUUCAUAUUUAAGCUACACCUUAUCUGAAUGACACAAACAGUGAAUCUGACAAACAUGGCUUUAAAGUUUAUUUUGCUGACCAGUAGAUGAAUAAUAAUGCACUGAUGUUUUAUCUUAUUACGAAGUAAUGUUUUAUGCAUAUCAACCAUGACCACAGAUUUGACCUAUGACCACGAAAAUGCUGAUACUGCACUCUGCCUUCGUAUGACCUUAAACAACUAUAUGGGUAAUGCAGAAACAAAGUACAGUAUCUAUAAUCCAAAUGUUGAUCCCACUUUCUUGUUUGUGUUUGAGGGAAACAGUUGUAGAGUUCCAACUACAUUCCAACUGUAUUUAAUGGUUUUACAUAGUUAUGUUUUCAUUUUUUGAAUGUUGUAUUUUCGUAACCCUCAAGCAUUUGUUCACCAUGAGAUAAGAUCUAUUCAUCAUGGAGAAUGUUUAUACUUUUAUUGCAUUUAUUGAUUUGCCAUGUUUAUGCUGGUGAUAACUGUAUCACUGGCUGUCUCAUGGUGUGUGUGUGAGGGUUCGUGUCAUGAUCAGGAUGGCCUGAACUCAGAGCCUGAUAGAAUACCAGGGAAAACCUCAGUAACUGCAGUCAAAACACGGUGGAACAAUGCCAGAGUGCAGUAACUACACUUAGUAACUUAACAUACUGCUGUUUGCUUUGGUUUUUACUUGGAUUUUGUAGUUAUCUAAAAAAAAUUGACAUUUUUACUGAAAUGGAAGAUAUUUGAGCCUGGAUUCUUUGUCACAAUAUAAAACGGAUACAAAAGACCCUAA